AUGGGUCUGCUGAGUUCCAAAAACCUGAGGGCCAAGCAAGCCCAAAUUCUGCUCCUGGGACUUGAUUCGGCUGGGAAGUCGACUCUCCUUUACAAACUAAAGCUUGAUAAGGAUAUUGCCACCAUCCCAACGAUAGGCUUCAAUGUGGAGAUGCUCGAGUUGGAGAAGAGUCUCUCGCUCACAGUCUGGGACGUCGGAGGACAGGAAAAGAUGAGAACUGUCUGGAGCUACUACUGUGAGAACACUGACGGGCUGGUGUAUGUUGUGGACAGUUCUGACAAACAGCGCCUGGAGAAGUCCCGCAAAGAGUUUGAACACAUUUUGAAGAAUGAACACAUUCAACACGUGCCAGUUGUCCUAUUAGCCAACAAACAAGACGUGCCUGGAGCUCUGAGCGCCGAGGACAUUACCAGAAUGUUUAAAGUGAAGAAGCUCUGCAGUGACCGGAACUGGUAUGUUCAACCCUGCUGUGCCGUCACGGGGGACGGGCUGGCGGAGGGAUUCAGGAAAUUAGCCGGAUUUGUGAAAAGCCACAUGAAACCAGGAGGAGACACAUUAGCAUUCUUCAAGCAAAAAUGA